AUGUCACACGCGUUCAGCGGGCUCUCAGAGCGUCCACCCCAGGGCAGUGAGGGCUCUUGGACACCGGAAACUUUGGACGAGGGCAUCGAUGUCAUCCAGAAAGAUGGCCCUGGCGAUCGCGAUCCCGAACGUAGGCACGCGAGUAUACAGCUAGUCGUCCAGGAGCCUCACAAGAGCGGUCGAUACAUCUUGACCGACGACGAUCCAGAGUUUCGCAAGAUCAUGCAGUCGGGCAUAGAACGGGAGGCUGCAAAGCUCAAUGGAAAGGCUCCGCGAAAUAUCCGAGACCUGGUCUUCAGGCAUCAAUUCACCACCUUCGACCGACAGAACCCUCGCGCCUCACAGUCGCCCUUCCAUGGCUUCUUUACACUGUUCUGGCUGGCCAUGGCCUUAUUGCUGGUCAAGAUCGCUGCUCAGAACUACAAGAAUAUGGGAUCCGUAUUUGGAAGAGCUGAGAUCCUACAUCUGAUGGUGGACAGAGACCUGGUGCUUCUGCUAACAACAGACGCCAUCAUGUGUCUUGCAACAAGCUUCGGCUUCUUCUUGCACAAGGCCAUUGCGCACGGCCUACUCACCUGGAGUGGUUCAGGGUGGGUGAUACAGUCUCUGUAUCAAUUGGUCUUCACCGUCGGCUUCAUAUGGGUAUGCUUCCAUCGGGAGUGGCCUUGGACGCAUAAUGUCUUCAUCGUCAUGCACGACCUUGUGCUCCUGAUGAAGCAGCAUUCAUAUGCUUUCUCUAACGGCUACUUAUCACAAGUAUAUCGUCGGAAGACUCUUCUACUCCAGAAACUUCAACAACUCGAGGACAUGGAAGCUCAUGACAGUCCCACAGCAUCACAUGCCGGAACUUCAAUCACCACAGGUCUAGAUGAUCGCGAAGACAGCAGCACCCUGCGUCACAGACCUAGCAUAGGCCUCAGGUGCUCCACCAAUCUGACUAAGGAACAGUCUGAGAUCGCUACAAUGGCGGAAGCAAUGGAAAGUGGAGACCCGCUGGACAUAGAUCAGAUCCAUCUGUUCAAGCGCGUCAUUCACACAGAGAUCACUUUUCUCGACGAAGACCUGCGCGGCAAGUGCACGAAGGCAGGCAACUCCUAUCCAAAUAAUCUGACCUUCUACAACUUCGCCGAGUGGAUCUGCCUACCGACUCUCGUCUACGAACUCGAGUAUCCACGCAUCGAGACCAUAAACUGGUGGUACGUCGCAGAGAAGUCUGCCGCCACCCUGGGCGUCAUUUGGAUCAUGAUCAUAAUCUCGCAAGCCUACAUCUACCCUGUCGUUGUCGAGACGGUAGGCCUAAAGCAGUCGGGCAUCAGCCUCGACGAGCGCUGGAAGGAAUUCCCCUGGGUGGUGUCGGACAUGCUGUUCCCAUUACUCCUAGAACAACUGCUCGCCUGGUACGUGAUUUGGGAAUGUCUUCUCAACGUUCUCGCCGAGCUCACGCGGUUUGCGGACCGCGGGUUCUAUGGCGACUGGUGGAACGCGGUCUCAUGGGACCAGUACGCACGCGACUGGAACCGGCCGGUACAUGCGUUCCUCCUCCGCCACGUCUACCACAGCUCGAUAUCGGCGUUCCACCUCAGCAAGAUGGGCGCGACGUUUGCGACGUUUCUACUCAGCGCCGUGGUGCACGAAGUCCUCAUGUUCUGUCUAUUCAAGAAGGUGAGGGGUUAUCUUUUCGCAAGCCAGAUGAGCCAGGUGCCUUUAGCGGCAUUGAGCAGGACGAGAUUCCUAAAAGGGAGACAGACAUUGGGGAAUGUCAUGUUCUGGCUGGGUUUGUUCAUUGGGCCAAGCGUCAUCACUAGUCUGUAUCUCAUCGUGUAG